AGUUAUCCUUGGACCUGAUAGUCGUUCUAAAGGAUUUGGUUUUGUAACAGUAAAUACUGCUGAUGAUGUUGUACAAGCAUGCCAUGAAUUGGAUGCCAUGGAGUACAAUGGCCGCCGCCUGAAAGUAUCAGAAGCUCACAAAAAUAAUCAAUCAAGUAGAGGCAGCAAUUCUCAUCAUAAUAGAAGUAGUAACAGAGAGAAUGAAAUUGAUCCAGAGUUUGGAGUUGAUCCCAACUUUGGCARGGGAUAUAACAGUAGAAAUGCUGGCAGCAGUAAAAGCAGGGAUCAUGRAAUUGAUCCAGAAUUUGAAGUUGAUCCCAAGUAUGGCACAAAUGGUGGAAGAGGAAGCAGUGAUAAUGACAUAGAUCCAGAGUUUGAUGCUGAAAGUGAUCUAAAUCAAGGAAGAGGCUUAAGAGGAGUGGAUGGUAGCAAGUUUAGUGAUGGAAGAUAUUACUAACUGAAGGAAACUGGUCUGAUUGGGACUGGCAGUAAUGUGACUAUCAUGGCCUGUGUGCUUGUAAAAUUUUUAGGGGCUUAAAUUAUACUUUUAAACUAUAUAUAAACUAUAAAAUGUGAUUGUCAUUCAGGGAAAAUUGAUAACUGGGUGUGGUAAAUUAAAUGAAAUUUUUUUUAAUAAACUUGGUACAUGAUGUGAAACAUUUUUUUAACGAGGCUGGUGCAUGAUGGGGAAUAUCGGCAAUGACCUUGGUGCAUGAUGGGAAACAAUGGUAAUGAGCAUGGUGCAUCAUGGGAAACAUUUGUUAUGAGCUUGUUGCAUUAUGGGAAAAUAUUCAUAAUGAGAUUAGCGAACGUGUCGGAAACCGUGGUUAUCAUUUGAUGUGGACUGCAUUUUACGGCUUUACAUACGCAGGUUYAUUAGUUACCACGAGCAAAGCAUUGAACCGAGGUGUCAAAGAACACUGAAUGAUCCAUAAUAGAUUUUUUUUUAUUCUUGAUAUAGCUUUUUCAAAAAUGGUUGUCGGAUAAAAUGGCGAAUGUCAAUUGUCGAACGGCAAU